AUGGGUGCUCUGAGAGGUCAAGGGGGUUCAGGCAGGGGCAUUCCCAGGCUGUGUGUGGGGGGCUCCAGGGGCAUUGGCAGGGCUGUAUCAAGGCUGCUGGCAGAGAGAGGCUGCAGGGUUGUUGUUGUGUCCAGGAACCAGCAUGCUGCUCAGGCCACUGUGGCGUCCCUCGAUGGAGCUGACCAUGUGGGCUUUUGUUGUGACGUCUCCAAAGGAGAGGAAGUGCAGAAGACGUUUAGGAUUAUCCUGAAGACUUGUGGAAACAUUUCAUACCAUUUUUUAAAGAACUCGUCCAUAUCCUGUGUGUGUGUGUGUGUGUGUGUGUAUGCACCUCCCUGUCUGUGUGUGUUCAGGGAUGGUCUGUUACUGUGGACCAGGCUAGAAGACAUGGUGGCUAUGCUUCAUACCAACCUACUGGGGAGCAGGUUGAGCUGCAAGGCAGUGCUACAGAGCAUGCUCCACACUCAGGGAGGGGCCAUUGUCAACAUAGGCUCUGUGGUGGAGUUGAAGGGGAACGCAGGUCAGUGUGUGUACAGUACCAGUAAAGCAGGUCUGGAGGGCUUCACUCGCUCUCUGGCCAAGGAGGUGGCCUCGCAAAACAUCAGGGUUAACUUGCUGGCUCCAGGUUUCAUCGGGACAGACAUGACAGUAGGGCUGGGGGAGUAG